CGAGCGCGCGAACGUUCGAAGCAAAUAGCAGUAGCGCGCCCUCAACAAGUGGGCUAGCAAAUCUUGGCUAUAAGUUCGGCGGAGUGAUAAAAAUAAAAAAUAAACACUGACUUAAUAUUAUAUAAUUUUUCGUGAAAGUAUCUAUUAAGUGAAAAUAACUUUAUACCUUGUGAAAAGUGAAAUACAUACCUUUAGUGAUUUUAUGGAAAACAUUUGUAAGCUAAAAUUUUUGACGCAGAACAGAAUUAGCUUAAGAUAAUUAUGUAGCGACAUUAGUACAAUAAAAUGUCGUAACGGUUUUGAAACAUGCUAUAAAUAAAAUGAUCGUGAUCAAGAAUGAAAUGACCAACAUUGUGAAGAGUUAAAAAUGUGUACUUGAAAAUAGACAACUGAGUUGCUAGAAUGUUCCCUGAUAAAAGUUGAUAUCGAGUUGCGGCAACCAUAGCAAAAUGGUGGCGAGAGGAAUGAGUCGGGUGCUGUCCAUAUUAUUUAGUACGCUGCUACUGGGCAGAGCUAUAGCAGUUCGCGGUCACACAGAAGUGCGAGUGGAACUUCAAAUGGAACGCUGGGCAGCUCGCGGUGGCUCCGUGCGACUCCGCUGCGUACACGAUGUACCGCCGCACCUACUCGACAAAGUGGUCUUCCUCCGUCACGGCACCAAAAUCUUCCAAUACAUUAGAGACAGGAAGCCGCCUUAUAGAAAUUUUACCACCCCAGGAGCUGUACUCAAUAUUGCCUUAGCAACGGAAAACUCAAUAAUACUACAGAAUCUGGAUUUCGCGGCAAGCGGCAGCUACUCGUGCGAAGUUUCUCUGGAUACACCAAUUUACACCAAAGCUUCGAGCGAGAAGCAGCUCACCGUAUUUCAUCCUCAGAAGCAUCACCCACGAAUUGACUUCCCUACCCACUACUUAAGCUUCGGUGAAACAUUAAGAGCUAAUUGCACCACCGCGCCUGCGCUUCCCGCCCCACACAUCACGUGGUUUAUUAAUGGGAAAAAGAUGGAUGAACUAAUUACUCAUUCACACAAAUUCCGUAUUCCUAUGAGUGAAAAAAAUGGAAGGCGUGGUUUGCAAAGACCUUUCGAACAAGAAACAGUAUUAAGUAGUCCACCAUCCCUUCUUACUCUGACUCAUGCGUCUCAUAUAGCAACAAAACCUCCAGGUUGCAGUCUCAAAAACCAUCAGAUUGCCGAAUUAAAGGACGGUCCCCACAUCGUACAUUCCAUAAGCCGGCACAGAAGUCGCAAACCCAGUAGGGGGCGAGAUUUGUACGUCACUGUAUCUGAGCUACAUCUCAUCGCGACUGGCAGACUUGAGAUCACCUGCGUCAGCACAAUACCAGAAUUCAGGAGUAUAGAAGAUAAAUUCGCUGAUCUCAGAAAUGAUACUGUCAUUGUGGACGUCAUCAGGCCAUCAACGUAUUCUCAACCGUCGGCCAACCUCACAGAACCAGAAUCCAGUUCUUCUAAUUGUAAUAAAUUAUUAAUCCCACACAUAUCAUUAUUUUUAAUUCACUUUUUAAUUCUAAUAAAUAUUGCUUGAUAAAAUAUUAAUGUAGUUCUAAUCUUGUGGGCUGUGAUAAUAACAUACGUUCACACGUAUGUUUGUAGUGCUUAAAAUUUAAACUUAAUCUCGGAUGUACUUAUUCUUUUAACAGUUAAUUUAACAAUCAACUCGAAUGAAAUGCUCUAUCAUAUAGGUACAUAACAACUUCUGAUGAAUUACUCUAUAUAUAAUACGAGUAACAAUGGUUCAGUAUUUCUCUGAUUUGAUGCAAAUUUAACGAAAUGAAGAGAGAAAAAAAAGUUUAUUUUCGAUAUUCAUUUAAAAAUAUAUAAAAAGCAUACUCUAUACUUUAUUCAUGCAAUCUGUAUGAAAUUAUACCCUAUAUUUAUAAGAAUAUCGAUCGAUGAAGUCUUUACUGUAAAAAGUAAUGAGAACAAUGUUUUUUUUUACAAUUCAAAAAUCGUUUUUUUUUUGUGGGACACAGUCUUUAAUUAUGAAUUAAAUGUUUCUUUCUUUUAUGUAGUCUCCCUUAAGCUAGUUUUUCUUUACAUGUCUUUUUAAUUUUCAUUUUAGCCAUAUUGGUACCUGAAUCAGAAACAGUUUCAUUACUAGGUAUAUAUUAUAACAGUGUAUAUUAUUUGUAUUUACACAACUUGGAUGAUACACAAAUAUAUUCAUUUGGUUUAAAGUAGCUAUUCUAUCCCAAAAAUGGUUAUAUUAGUUCUGUAUAAUUGAAGAAAAAACGAUCGUAAUGAAACUGAGGGUAAUGAAUUAUAUUAACUCUUUUUUUAAAUUAUUCAUCCUACAAUCGUUUCUCAUUAAUAAAAUGUACAUUAAAUUAAAAGAAACAAAUUACGUUUAUGUCACCAUUUAAACAAAUUUAAAACAACGGAAAUUACACACAUAAAUCAUCCACUGAAUAUAAUGAAAAAAUAUUGAACCACACCUUUAUUAUUAAUAUAUACCUAUUUAUCGUUUUACAUUAUUUCUAAUAAUACAUUUCCGAUAUGGUUACUGUUAACUAUCUCACUGAAAGGCACACAUUCGAUGCAGGCAGAGUACAUUAUAAACACACAUAAAAAAGGUAUUAUUUACAUUACAAAAGUUGCUGAAGGUAAUUACAAAUUUUGAGAGCAAAUUUAUUUUAUUGUAG